AUGAAAGGAGCAAUGAUGUUUGGAAAGAAAGGGAAGUUAAGCCCGAGAUUUAUUGGACCCUUUGAAGUAUUAGAAAAGGUGGGAAAGGUAGCCUAUAGACUAGCAUUACUGCCACCAUUUUCGAAUGUCCAUGAUGUUUUUCAUGUAUCAUUAUUGAGAAAAUACAUUCAAGAUCCUUCACAUGUGCUAAACUACGAGCCAAUAGAAGUUGAACAAGACCUAACAUAUGAAGAAAAAUUUGUGAAAAUUCAUGACAUAAUAGAGGAAGAGUUGAGAAAUAAGAAGAUUUCACUGGUUAAGGUCUUGUGGAGAAGUUCAAAUAUUGAGGAAAUGACAUGGGAACAGGAAGAUGAAAUGAGAUCCAAAUACCCAGAGUCAUUUGGGUAA